ACUGCUUUCCGUUCACAGAUCCGGCUAGUGUGCAGCAAAUAAACCAUGUUGCAUGAAGCUCAUUAUCUUAUUUGGACGGCUACGAUGUUUGCAGGAACACUCACCUCCUAUGUGGAGCAGUCGCCUUCUAUUGUAUCAAUUGCAUCAGGACAGUCGACAACGUUGAAAUGUACUCUGAAGAAUACUGGCUAUCCCAACAUGUUCUGGUACAAACAACAGCCAGGCCGGGCAUUUGAAGCUCUAUUCAAUUCUGCUGGAGAAGGGUCUGUUACAAAUUACACGUUUGACUCGUUUAAGGCAGAGAGAACCAGCAAUACGCUGUUUACUUUGACACUGAAUGAUGCCUCUCCGUCUCACACGGCUGUAUACUUCUGUGCUUGUAGUAACACAGCGCUUCAUAAAGCUUACUUCGGAGGAGGGACAAAACUGACCGUUUUAGAACAUGAUCCUAAGAAUCCUAACAUCACUAUCUUUGAACCCUCACCAGAUGAGAUUAAACAGAAAGAGAAGGCAACUGUGAUUUGCCUUGUAACUAACUUCUAUCCUGACAAUAUCAAAAUUCACUGGUUUCUGGAUGGCACUGCGAUAUCAGCGACUGAUGAGAAAAUUCAGACUGACGUCAAUUCUAUGUUCAAAACUAAGACACAGACCUACAGCAUCAGCAGUCGGUUCAGAUUAGAUGCUCAAACCUGGGCCAAGUCUAAAAAUAUUGAGUGCAAAGUGGAACAUUAUUACGAAGGAUCACAACCGACAACUCAUUCAGAAAUUUUACCCAUUAAUGCUGAAAUCUGCGGCAUAAGUAAAGAAGUGAAAAUGCACAGCAUGGCAACAGGAAAAUUGACAUAUCUGAUCUUGAUUUGCAAAAGUGUCUUUUAUGGAAUAUUCAUCUCAAUACUUGCUUGGAAAACUAAGACAUCUUCCAGCAAACGAUUUGACUGAUUAAAACAAAGCAAUGAAGACAAUGAACAGAUGCAUAGCAGAACAUAUGGGAGAGAGGAAGAAGCAAGAAAAAUAAAUAUUGUGUUUAUCGAUGGGAUAAAGUUUAUCUAAUUAACUCCUACCAUGCCAGUGUAAAUAUCUCCACAAUGUCACCAUGGCAGAUGAGUGGAGAACAUUGAUGCCUUGCCUCACCUUUUCCUGUUGAAAUAAAUCCUUUCAGAGUCUUGACAUCUCCUUGUUUUCCUAGUUUUCCUAAAUAGGUUAAGAUUUGAAGUUUUCAUAGUAUUUUUCCUUUUUUUGAUUACUUAUUAAUCCAUAAUCCUUAAAACUUUAUAGAGAACCAUAGAACUCUUAAAGCAAAACAGAAGGCUGUUUAGCCAAACGUGAAAAUACAGAUCUCCUUGAAAAAUAUUAAAACCAAAACCAUUUAUUACAAUUAAUUCCAAGAUAAAUGAUUUGAUCUUUUCCACUUCCUGUGUGAAACACAUCCCCUGUGCUAGUCUAAUAAAGCUAUGUAUAUUGUUAAGCAAAAACAAAAGAUUGUAACUCAAAUCUUGUUUAAAAUAACUCUUGUCUGUUAGCCUUCAAACCUUUAUUGCUAUAUUUAGAAUUCAUCUAAUAGAUUGCUGAUGGAAACUGUGAUCCUUAUUAUUUUUCAUAGGUUUCUCAAUGAAUCAGGUAUUGACAGUUUUCUCA